AUGGCAUCUAUCCAGCCACUCGUUCUACACGCCCACGCGACCGGCCCCAACCCCUACAAGAUCGCAGCAGCACUCGAGUUUCUCUCGGUGCCGUACACGGUCAAGAUGUGGGAGUUCGGAGACGAUCCAGAGAAGGGUGUCAAGGGGGCCAAGUUCCUCCAGCUCAAUGAGAACGGUCGUGUGCCCGCUCUUGAGGAUCCCAACACAGGCGUCGUGAGUUGGGAAUCCGGCGCGUGCAUGAACUACAUUAGGCGUGUGUACGACAAGGACGAAAAAGUGCUGGGGCCUCGGGGCAAGAGCGAGCAGGACAGAGUCGACUUUGAGAAGUGGGAGUACUUUCUGUUGACCACUUUGGGCCCGAUGAUGGGCCAGAACAAUUGGUACAGGCAUUACAAUGCAACAAAGAACGAGGACGCGCUGAAUCGAUACGUCGAACAGUGCAACCGCUGCUACGGAGUUCUCGAGGGCCAGCUGAAGAAGACGGGUGGUGAGAGUAUCCUUCCCGGGGGCGUAACGGCGGUCGACCUUCACUUUGAAGCAUGGGUCAGACAGCACGGCUUUGCUCAGUUGUCGCUGGACCCGUUCCCAAGCGUUGAAAAGUGGCUGGCAAAGAUGGUGUCGCUGCCCGAAAUCCAGAGAGCGUAUAAGAAGCUGAAGGAGGCACCAGCACCUUGA